AUUGAAUUAGCAGAAAGCUACACGGGUAAAAUUUCCGUGCGUAAAAAAGUCCGUGUUUAGUUGAUAAAACCCCCGAAUUAAUUGAUAGAAAAUUGCAGAAAAUUGAGAAAAGAUAUCCGAACUGGAGAACUAUUUAGGCAGCUUUUAAUUUUGAUAACAGAAAAAUGACGACAGAUAUUUCUGUAGUUCGUUGGGAUCCCAGCCAGGGACCCGAAUACAUUGACGAGUACGAGUAUGACGGAGGAAAUUCGAGCUCUCGACUCUUUGAACGUUCCAGAAUUAAGGCAUUAGCAGAGGAACGUGAGACUGUACAAAAGAAAACCUUCACAAAAUGGGUAAAUUCACACCUGGUUCGUGUCAAUUCCCGUGUCGGCGAUUUGUAUGUGGAUAUGCGUGACGGCAAAAAUCUGAUUAGACUUUUGGAGGUAUUGUCGGGCGAACGAUUGCCGCGUCCCACAAAGGGCAAAAUGCGUAUCCAUUGCUUGGAGAAUGUCGAUAAAGCGUUGCAAUUUUUGCGCGAGCAACGUGUGCAUUUGGAGAAUAUCGGAUCGCACGAUAUCGUCGAUGGCAAUGCCAGUUUGAGUUUGGGUCUCAUUUGGACCAUCAUUUUGAGAUUCCAGAUCCAAGACAUCACAAUCGAAGAAGUCGACAACAAAGAAACAAAAUCCGCGAAAGACGCUUUGCUGUUAUGGUGUCAAAUGAAAACCGCGGGCUACAACAACGUCAAUAUCCGCAACUUUACCACGUCAUGGCGCGACGGUCUCGCCUUCAACGCAAUCAUCCACAAACAUCGUCCCGACUUGAUUCAAUUCGAAAAAUUGUCCAAGAACAAUCCAAUUUACAACCUAAACAAUGCAUUUAACGUAGCUGAAGACAAAUUAGGCCUCACAAAGCUCUUGGAUGCCGAAGACAUUUUCGUCGAGCAUCCCGAUGAAAAAUCAAUCAUCACCUACGUCGUUACCUACUACCAUUACUUUAGCAAAAUGAAGCAAGAAACGGUCCAGGGCAAGCGUAUUGGCAAAGUUGUUGGCAUCGCGAUGGAUAACGAUCGCAUGAUCAACGAAUACGAAGGUUUAACGAGCGACCUCCUGCAAUGGAUCGAAACCACAAUCGUUUCUUUGGGAGAUCGCGAGUUUUCCAACUCCCUCGCUGGCGUUCAGGGACAACUUGCGCAAUUCAGCAACUACCGUACGGUUGAAAAACCCCCGAAAUUCGUCGAAAAAGGCAACUUGGAAGUCCUUCUCUUCACCUUGCAGUCCAAAAUGCGAGCGAAUAAUCAAAAACCUUACACCCCCAAGGAAGGCAAGAUGAUUUCCGACAUCAACAAGGCAUGGGAACGCUUGGAAAAGGCCGAACAUGAACGAGAACUCGCCUUACGCGAAGAAUUGAUUCGUCAAGAGAAAUUGGAGCAACUCGCGGCACGUUUCAACCGAAAAGCAUCGAUGCGCGAAACGUGGCUCAGCGAAAAUCAACGUCUCGUCUCGCAAGACAACUUUGGCUUUGACUUGGCAGCUGUCGAAGCAGCAGCGAAGAAACACGAGGCAAUCGAAACCGACAUUUUCGCGUACGAGGAACGCGUUCAAGCUGUCGUUGCCGUUUGCAAUGAACUGGAACAAGAAAAAUAUCACGAUAUUGUCCGAAUUGUCGAACGUAAGGAGAAUGUCUUGCGUUUGUGGACGUAUUUGCUUGAAUUGCUCCGUGCCCGACGCUCGAGAUUGGAAUGCAGCAUCAAUUUGCAACAAAACUUCCAAGAAAUGUUGUACAUUUUGGAUUCCAUGGAAGAAAUCAAGCAACGUCUCUUGACCGACGACUACGGAAAACACUUGAUGGGCGUCGAAGAUCUCUUGCAAAAGCAUUCGCUCGUCGAAGCGGACAUAAAUGUGCUCGGGGAACGCGUCAAACAAGUCGUGCAGAACAGUCAACGCUUCUUGAGCGAAGAAGUUGAGGAUUACAAGCCAUGCGAUCCUUCCAUCAUCGUAAAUCGCGUGCAACAACUCGAAGAUGCGUAUGCCGAGCUUGUUAAACUUGCCGUCGAACGUCGUUCCCGUUUGGAGGAAUCCCGAAAAUUAUGGCAAUUCUAUUGGGAUAUGGCUGACGAGGAAAAUUGGAUCAAAGAAAAGGAACAAAUUGUCUCGACAGGCGAUAUUGGUCACGAUUUGACCACAAUUCACUUGCUUUUGUCAAAACACAAGGCUUUGGAGUCUGAAAUCCAUUCGCAUGACCCACAAUUGAUGUCUGUCGUUGCUAUCGGCGACGAUUUAGUCCGUCAGGGACACUUUGGAGCGGAUCGCAUCAAAGAACGCUUGCAAGAAAUCCUCGCCAGUUGGAAUGGACUUCUCGAUUCCGCCGCAUAUCGUCGCAAACGCUUGGAAGAUGCCGUCGAAUAUCAUCAACUCUUCGCCGAUGCCGAAGAUAUUGACGCUUGGAUGUUAGAUGCCCUCAAAUUAGUGUCCAGCGAAGAUGUUGGCAACGACGAAAGUCACGUACAAUCCCUCUUGAAGAAGCACAAAGACGUCGCCGACGAAUUAAAAUCCUAUUCGGAGACUAUUGAGCAACUUCAUAAACAAGCCCAAGCUCUAACCUCAACUUUAACCCCUGAAGAAAAGGAAAAAGUCGCUGAUCGUCUCGCGAAAAUCAACGAACGGUACAAUGAACUCUUGGAAUUGUCGAAAUUACGCAAGCAACGUCUCUUGGACACCCUCAGCAAGUACAAACUCUUGUCCGAAAGCGACGGAGUCGAGCAAUGGAUCACCGAAAAGGAGAAAAUGCUCGCUACAAUGACGCCGGGACGCGAUAUCGAAGAUGUUGAGAUCAUGAAGCAUCGUUACGAAGGCUUCGAUAAGGAAAUGAACGCCAAUGCGUCGCGCGUUGCGGUUGUAAAUCAACUUGCGCGUCAAUUGUUGCAUGUUGAACAUCCCGAUUCGGAAGAAAUUACCGCCCGACAGAACAAAUUGAACCAAGAAUGGGGUCAAUUACGCGACAAAGCGGAAGCAAAACGUGAGGAACUCGCUUCAGCUCAUGGCGUUCAAACAUUUUACAUUGAAUGUCGCGAAACUGUGUCCUGGAUUGAAGAUAAAAAGCGAAUUCUCACGGAAACGGAUUCGCUUCAGAUGGAUUUGACCGGCGUGAUGACAUUGCAACGUCGUUUAUCGGGUAUGGAUCGCGAUUUGGCAGCAAUUCAAGCGAAACUUUCCGCUUUGGAGAAAGAAGCUGACUCAAUUGAAGGCGAACAUCCCGAAGAAGCUGCUUUGAUUCGUGAAAAAGUCUCGCAAAUUCAGAUUAUUUGGGAGCAACUCACCCAUAUGUUGCGCGAACGUGAUGCCAAAUUGGAAGAAGCGGGAGAUUUGCAUCGUUUCUUGCGCGAUUUGGAUCAUUUCCAGGCGUGGUUGACGAAAACUCAAACAGAUGUCGCUUCAGAAGAUCAACCAACCACUUUGGCUGAUGCUGAAAAGCUUCUUACGCAACAUCAAAGUAUCAAGGAGGAAAUUGACAACUACACCGAUGAUUAUUCAAAGAUGAUGGAAUAUGGCGAAGGUCUAACUUCAGAUCCGAGUCAAUCGGAAGACCCGCAAUACAUGUUCUUGCGUGAGAGAUUACGCGCCUUGAAAGACGGUUGGGAAGAACUUCAUCAAAUGUGGGAGAAUCGUCAAGUACUGCUCUCGCAAAGUUUGGAUCAGCAACUUUUCAAUCGCGAUGCGCGUCAAGCUGAAGUUUUGUUGAGUCAACAAGAACACGUUUUGAGCAAGGAUGAUACGCCAGUUAAUCUCGAACAAGCUGAGAAUCAGUUGAAGAGACACGAAGCCUUCUUGACGACAAUGGAGGCAAAUGAUGAGAAAAUUAAUACAAUUUGUCAAGUUGCCGAUUCGUUGGUGCAAAAGGAACAUUUCGAUGCUGAUAAGAUUCAUAAACGGGCAGAUAGCAUUGUGGGACGGCGUGAUGCGAAUAAGGAACGCGCCAUUGAGAUGCACGAGAAAUUGAAGAAUCAAGUCAAGUUGCAUGAAUUCUUGCAGGAUUUGGAGGAACUCACUGAAUGGGUUCAAGAAAAACACUUGACAUCCAAAGACGACACAUACCGCAGCGCCAAGACCGUUCACUCCAAAUGGACUCGCCAUCAAGCAUUCGAAGCAGAAAUCGCUGCCAACAAGGAACGCUUGCACGAAGCGGAAAAAGCUGCACAAGAACUCAUGGCAGAAAAACCCGAAUUCCGCGAAAUAAUCGAACCCAAAUUACGCGAUCUUUCCGAACACUUUGAAGAUCUCGAAAAAACCACAAAAGAAAAGGGCGAACUCUUGUUCGACGCAAAACGCGAAGUCAUUGUGCAACAAAGUGUCGACGAUAUCGACUCCUGGAUCGACGAACUCGAGAAACAAGUUGUCAGCACUGACACGGGCUCCGAUUUGACAUCCGUGAACAUUUUGAUGCAAAAACAUCAAAUUAUCCAGACGCAAAUGGCAGUCAAGGCCCGUCAAGUUGACGACAUCGACAAACAAACGGAAGUAUUGGCAAAGACAAUCCCGCAGGACAAAGUUGAGCCGAUCGUGAUGAAGAAAAAAGUCGUUGGCGAACGUUUCGAACGCAUCAAGGCACCGUUAUUGGAACGCCAACGCUUGUUGGAGAAGAAAAAGGAAGCUUUCCAAUUCCGACGCGAUGUUGAGGAGGAAAAAUUAUGGAUCGAAGAGAAAUUGCCGCUUGCUACAUCGGAAGAUCUCGGAAAUUCGCUGUUCAACGUGCACGUUUUGAAGAAAAAGAACCAAUCGUUGUCCACGGAGAUCGAUAAUCAUGAGCCGCGCAUCAGCACGAUCUGCAAUAACGGUCAAAAAUUGAUCGAUGAAGAGCACGAAGAUGCCAGCGACUACGGAGACUUGAUCCGGGACUUGCGUCAACGUUGGCAGGAGCUCAAAGACGCCAUCGAUGAGCGUCGUCGCAACUUGGAGAACUCCGAACGUGUUCAACAAUACUUCUUCGAUGCUGCCGAAGCCGAAGCAUGGAUGAGCGAACAAGAAUUGUACAUGAUGGUCGAAGAUCGUGGCAAGGACGAGACUUCGGGACAAAAUUGCAUGAAGAAACACAACGUUUUGGAGCAAAGUGUCGAAGAUUAUGCCAACACAAUUCGUCAAUUAGGCGAAACUGCGCGUCAACUAACCUCGGAACAUCAUCCAAAUGCCGAUCAAGUUGCCGUCAAACAAUCGCAACUCGACAAAUUGUACGCCGGAUUGAAGGAUUUGGCCGGGGAACGUCGCGCCAAGUUGGAUGAAGCGUUGCAACUCUUCAUGUUACAUCGCGAAGUCGACGAUUUGGAACAAUGGAUCGCCGAACGUGAACUCGUAGCUGCUUCGCAAGAGCUCGGACAAGAUUACGAUCACGUUACCUUACUUUGGGAUCGUUUCCGCGAAUUUGCGCAUGACACAAACCAAAUCGGAAGUGAACGUGUCGCGAAGGCAAACAGCAUCGCCGAUGAAUUUAUCCACUCGGGACACUCAGAUUCAGCUACAAUUGCCGAAUUAAAGGAUUCCUUGAACGAACAAUGGCAAGAUUUGCUCGAACUCAUCGAGACUCGAACCCAAAUGCUCGCCGCUUCACGCGAACUUCACAAAUAUUUCCACGAUUGCAAGGACAUUUUGGGUCGCAUCAUCGAGAAACAACAUGCCGUCUCCGACGAGUUGGGAAGAGAUGCCGGUUCCAUUUCCGCUUUGCAACGCAAACAUCAAAAUUUCAUCCAAGAUUUGAUGACGUUGCAUUCGCAAGUGCAACAAAUCCAAGAGGAAUCCUCGAAAUUGCAAGCUUCGUAUGCCGGCGAGAAGGCGCGCGAAAUUACAAAUCGCGAACAAGAAGUUCUUCAGGCAUGGGCUAAUUUGCAGGCUCGAUGCGACGCGCGCAAACAAAAAUUGGCAGACACAAGUGACUUGUUUAAAUUCUUCAAUAUGGUCCGUACGUUGAUGCUGUGGAUGGAAGAUGUCGUGCGGCAAAUGAACACGUCGGAGAAGCCGCGAGAUGUGUCGGGCGUUGAGCUGUUGAUGAAUAAUCAUCAGAGUUUGAAGGCGGAAAUUGACACGAGAGAGGAUAAUUUUGCAGCGUGCAUUGCUUUGGGCAAGGAACUUUUGACACGCGAACAUUAUGCAUCGGCAGAGAUCAAGGAGCGCCUUGUACAAUUGAGCAACAGUCGAAAUGCUCUUCUUCUCCGAUGGGAGGAACGUUGGGAGAAUUUGCAAUUAAUUCUUGAAGUUUAUCAAUUCGCACGUGACGCCGCUGUUGCCGAAGCAUGGUUGAUCGCGCAAGAACCUUACUUGAUGUCAACUGAAUUGGGACACACAAUUGACGAAGUCGAAAACUUGAUUAAGAAACACGAAGCAUUCGAAAAGUCUGCUGCUGCGCAAGAAGAGCGUUUCAGUGCAUUGGAGCGAUUGACAACGUUUGAGCUCAAGGAAAUGAAACGUCGACAAGAAGCGGCAGAAAAGGCAGAACAGGAUCGUAUUCGCGCCGAGGAAGAAGCUAAAGCAGCGUUGGAAGCACAAGCUGAGGCAGAACGACGCGCCGAACGAUCUGGCGACCAAGCUGAUGCACCCGGAUCGCCUCAACGUGAAAAGGAAUCAGUGCAUGAUCCCCAAAAUGGUGCGGCAAAAUCCCCGUCUAAACAAGUAGUUUCAAGUCCCGGUAAAGGGCAAAAAUCUCCCUCAACGGCUGACAAAUCACGCUUAUCAGCUACAUUACCGUCGCCGUCAUCAGGUACGAAAAUCAGUCGCAGAUCUCGAUCCAAAAGCCCAUUCCGUAGUUUCAGAUGGAAACGUGGUUCGUCUUCGAAGGCAGAUGAUUCGUUUGAGAGUGAAGAACGCCCAAGUCCGGGAGGUAUGGAAGAUGGAGUUAUCGAAGGUACUUUAACGAGAAAACACGAAUGGGAAUCAACGACAAAGAAGGCAUCUAAUCGAUCAUGGGAUAAAGUCUACACGGUAGCUAAAAAUGGCAAGCUAUUAUUCUUCAAGGAUCAGAAGACAUCGCGACAAGUUCCUGAACAAACAUUCAAGGGAGAACCAGCUUUAGAAUUAACGGGAGCCGUUGUUGAAAUUGCCAGUGAUUACACAAAGAAGAAGAAUGUCUUCAGAAUAAAAUUAUCCAACGGCGGAGAAUUCCUUUUGCAAACGCACGACGACGCCGAAUUAAAUAACUGGGUGUCGACUCUGAAACAACAUUGCGACGCCUUGAGUGGCACAGAAAGCCGAUCACAAACAUUACCGGCGUCAUCACAAAAGGACGAACCAAAGAGACGGUCAUUCUUCACGUUGAAGAAAAAUUAAAAAUCUUAAAAAAUACAAAAAAAUCUUGCGAAACAGCAUACUCGAUAUUUUUGCUAUUAUACAUGUAAUGACUUCUCAUCAUUUUUAAUUAUUAUAAAGUUAUAUAAACAAACAAAAUCAUACAUUAUAUCAUUAUUAUUACUUGAUUUUAUUAUCAAAAAUAUAUAUUGUAUACUUUUCACACCCU